AUGCUUCAGCAGGAGGUGAAGGUCAUCAAUCAGUCUGCUGACAAAGCUGUAGCCAACAGUGAGAAGAUCUUCAAAGAUCUCAUCCAUCUCAUUGAGAAAAGAAACUCUGAUGUGAAGCAGCAGAUCAGAUCCAAGCAGACAGAUGAGGUGAGAAAAGUCAGAGAUCUUGAGGAGAAGUUGAAGCAGGAGCUUGUUGAGUUGAGAAGGAGAAGCUCUGAGCUGGAGCAGCUCUCACAAACAGAAGACCACAUCCAGUUUCUACACAAUUAUCGUCUGAUGUCACAUCUCAGUGAAUCCACAAACCCAGCCAACAUCUCCAGUGUUCACAGUCUGCAAUACUUUGAUGACGUUACAGUGGCUGUGUCAAAGACCACAGAUAAACUACAGGAUAUUCUGAAAGAAGACUGGACCAAGACCUUACCAAGACCAGAGGAUGAUUCAGGAAUCAAGACCCUAUCACCCACAGAACCAAAGACCAGAGUAAAACUACAGGAUAUUCUGAAAGAAGACUGGUCCAAGACGUCACCAAGAUCAGGGAAUGUUUCAGGAUUCAAGACCCUAUCACCAGCAGAAACAAAGACCAGAGUAAAACUACAAGAUGUUCUGAAAGAAGACUGGUGCAAGACGUCACCAAGAUCAGGGAAUGUUUCAGGAUUCAAGACCCUAUCACCAGCAGAACCAAAGACCAGAGUAAAACUACAAGAUUUUCUGAAAGAAGAUUGGACCAAGACCUCACCAAGAUCAGGGAAUGUUUCAGGAUUCAAGACUCUGUCACCAGCAGAAACAAAGACCAGAGCAGAGUUCCUACAGUAUUCACAUCACCUCACACUGGAUCCAAACACAGCAAACAGAUGGUUAUUAUUGUCUGAGGGAAACAGGAAAGCAACAGUAGACUGGACUCCGAAACUAACAUCUGAUUAUCAUCCAGACAGAUUCAUGGAAAAGCAGCAGGUCCUGAGCAGAGAGAGUCUGACUGGACGUUGUUACUGGGAGGUUGAACAAAGAGGAGCUACAGCUUCAGUAGCAGUCACAUACAAGGAUAUUAGCAGAACAGGACCAGAAAGUAAAUUUGGGUACGACGACAGAUCUUGGGCUUUAGAAAGUUCAUCAAAAUGCACUUUCAUUCACAACAGCAUCAAAACUCCCAUCUCAGGUCCUCGGUCCUCCAGAAUUGGAGUCUAUCUGGAUCACAGUGCAGGUAUUCUGUCCUUCUACAGAGUCUCUGACACCAUGACUUUGAUCCACAGAGUCCAGACCACAUUCACUCAGCCUCUCUAUGCUGGAUUUACAGUUCAUGGACCUGUCGAACUUUGUAAGCUCAAGUAGACAGAUGUUAUAAAGGAGCCAACGAGUGAAAAUCUGUUCGUGAAAAUUGAUUUUUGUCUCUGUGCUGUGGUGUUUCUGCUCCAAAAGUCCCAAAUAUCUGUUAUUGAGUGUUGACUGGAGUGAAUCUUUGACUUUCUGCACACAUAAACUGAAAAUGAAAUUACGAGGACGGAGAAUCAAACUUGCUCCAUCAUUUUCAUUUGUGACUCUGAAAAUACUCACAGUAAGAAGCUAAAAUGUUGCUGGGCUUCUUUAUUAAAUGUACUAAAGUUAUUGUACAUGACUUGUGGGGAAAUGAGCUUCUAAUGUUGUGUUUGAAAAUCCUGAUUGUCAAUGGAAAGGCUUGAUCAGUACAAAAAAAUGUAGAUUCAUGUAGUUGAUGAUUAUUACUGUUUUCUUGAAUGCUUCAGAAUGUAGACCUGCACAAUUAUUAUUAUUCUACCAAUAAUCAAUGAGGACAACACUGAUUAUCUUCUGAUACAGUGGAGACAAACUAACUGAACAGACUGGUGGUGGAUGAAAUGAAUGAUAAAAUAUGUCAACAUUUAUUGGUUUGUUUAAUGAACCAAGUUGAUUUUUCCAGAAACAAAUAAUGUCU